AUGAGCGUUGCUACAUGUUCAUGUUUCUCGCUGAACAGAAAUAGGAAGUAUGCAGAGGAGCAAACAAAAAAAAACACAAAUCCACAACUCUGGGCAACAGAGCUUUUCUCUGUGUAAGCCACCAGGGUCCAUUUUUUGAAUUUUUCUCCAGGCGGAGGUGAUUUUCGGGUAGCCUCAUGCCGUUCCCCAGCAGGAAGGGGCUUUCUGAAGAAGUGUGAAAGAUGAGUGACUCUCUGGAGCGGACCACAGACUGUCCUCCCUUGCCACCUCCUGGAGAUGAAUGCAGCCUGGAUGAGAGCGGAGGGAACGCAGCGGGUAGAAGCGAGCUACACUGGGAGGAUGGAGGUCUCCCGCUGGAGCUGCAGAGGGGGAUGGAGACCCUGCGAGUCAACAGAGAGCUGACCGAUGUCGUUCUGUGUGUUCAGGACCAUGACUUCCCAUGCCACAGAGCCACUCUCGCCGCUGCCAGUCAAUAUUUCAGAGCAAUGUUUCUCAGUGGCCUGAAGGAGAGUCGUGAGGAGCGUGUGGAAAUCAAAGAGAUGGACAGCAGCACAAUGCGCUCUCUUCUGGAGUAUACUUACACCAGCCGAGCCCUGCUCACACACUCCAAUGUCCAGAAAAUACUGGAGGCCGCCAGUCAGUUUCAGUUUAUGCGUGUGGUGGAUGCGUGCGCCGAAUUCCUCAGUAAGUCCAUGAAUCUGGAGAACUGCAUCGGGAUCCUCAACCUGGCCGACGCCCACGCCCUGCCGGGCCUGCGGGCCAGAGUCCAGGACUUCAUCGCCACUCAGUUCUCCCAGGUGGUUGGGCAGCAGGACUUCCUGGAGCUGUCGGCGGCGUCCCUGGAGAGCGUCCUGCAGAGGGACGACCUGGACGUGAAGCGUGAGGAGAGCGUUUUCGAAGCGCUGAUGUGCUGGGUGAGGGCCCGGCGGGACGAGCGCCGCACGGCGCUGGCCAGGCUGCUCUCUCACGUGCGGCUGCCGCUGCUGGAGCCGGCGUACUUUGUGGAAAAGGUGGAGUCGGACGAGCUGAUCCGCCACUGCAGCGACGUGUUUCCUCUGCUGCAAGAGGCCCGCGUCUAUCACCUGUCUGGCAGGGAGGUGGUGUCGGAACGAACCAAGCCGCGCAUGCAGCACUUUUUGUCAGAGGUGUUUCUGAUCAUCGGAGGCUGCACUAAAGACGAGCGCUUCAUUUCCACCGUGACCUGUUUGGACCCUCUCCGACGCAGCAGGCUGGAGGUCGCCAAGCUCCCGAUGACGGAGGCGGAGGACGAGACUCAGAACAAGAAAUGGGUGGAGUUUGCCUGCAUCACCUUUCAUAAUGAAGUAUACAUAUCUGGAGGUAAAGAGACCCAGCAUGAUGUGUGGAAAUACAACAGCGCCCUGGACAAGUGGAUCCAAAUCGACCUUCUCUCCACGGGGCGCUGGAGACACAAGAUGGCAGUGCAUGGCGGGAAGGUGUACGUGCUGGGGGGCUUCGAUGGAGUGCAGAGACUAGCCAGUGUGGAGGCCUACGAUCCGUUUCACAACCGCUGGACGCAAGUGACCCCUCUCGCGGACGGCGUGAGCUCCUUUGCUGCUGCAAGCUUCGACAGAUGGAUCUAUGUGAUUGGUGGUGGGCCCGAUGGAAAACUGGCCACCGAUAAGGUCCAACGCUGGGAACCAGGAACAGACUGCUGGGAGCUGCGGGCGCCCAUCCCCACCGAGACCAAAUGCACGAACGCUGUUACAUUCAAAGACUGCAUCUAUGUAGUCGGUGGAGCCAUGCACGCCAUGUACUGCUACUCCCCGCUGUCUGACUCCUGGUGUCUGGUGACCCGCCUGGGGGAGAGGGCGAGCUGCGCCAUCGCUGCCUGCAACAACAAACUUUUCAUCACCGGAGGAAGGGACAACAAGAACCAGGUCAUCUCCACGGUGAUGUGCUGGGACGUCGCCCGGCAGGUGCUGACGGAGGAGUGUGUUUUACCAAUGGGAGUGUCGCACCACGGCAGCGUCACGCUCAUGAAGUCCUACACACACAUACACAGAGUGACGCCUGCGCCGUGACAGUGACAAUGUGACACACGGGAGAAAACCAAAAGACUGCACUGUUGCUGAGGAUGGAAGUGAAGAACUGCGUAAGAGACGUUUGGAAAAAAUAAAUAUAAUUUGCUGUCAUGUUUUUUUUUUCCUUUUUGAGGUGUAUCAUAAAAAUGAGGAUCCAUUUUUGUCCAUUUUAUCUUGAAGAUAUCUGGAAUACAACUACUUACAUGGAAGCAGGAUUGUCAGACUCAAUCACUGCAAUCACCAGAAGGCCCGACGCAUCAGAGAUGUUUUUUCCUCUGACUAACCACUGAAGCUGUUUUUAUGCAAAACAGUAUCAACUGCUUACUCACCAUUCAGUGUGAGAACACAGGGAAGUUAUAACAGCAAUACCGGGGUGUGUCGGUGAUAUUAAUAUGAUAAGACUACACACAGUGUAGAUGGAAACCUUUCAGAGCAUUGUUCAUCUUCUCCAUCCCAGUAGCUGCUUUUAAGGUGUUGGAGCAGAUCCCAGUGUACGGUGGGGGACAAGACAAACUGGAUAUGUCACUGGUCUGUCACACACACACAAAACACACUCAGUUCAUCCUGCUGAUAAUUUAGACCAAUUUUUUUGUAUCUGUAUGAGAAAGUCACAUUACCCUAAGGAAGAAUAUGCAAACCACAAACAGAAAUACUCUAACAUCCUGGAAUUAAAUCAUUGAUUUUCUCACAGAGAUCUGAAAGCAGUGAGUCCAUAUUGACAGUUGAGUACCUUUGUAAACACUGCCAUCAAGUGGCAAAACUCAGAGCACUGUUUUUAUUUGAACAAAUUGUCUUACAUAUCUGAAGCAAACAAAUACUACAGUUUAAAGUUUGUGUUUUAUCGUCAGGAUAACCUGGACAUGUCACCAGUCCUAAGAUUCACUUCAAAAUAAAAAGUUGGUACAAGAAUAAACAAAAAGAAGAGUACUGCAAAUAUAAAAAACUUUUGUAAAAGAUAAAUACAAAUUCCACAUGGGUAUUUGGAAGUCGUGAUCUUCUAACUUUGAAGGCGACAGCAGAAACCACUACUAAACUGAAAUGAUGCAAAAAGCAGCCAGGUUAACAGGUUUGGGAUAAAAUCACUUCUGACUCAUAACAGCUCUCAGACUGAAUGAGUGUCUGUCUGCCUCCCAGCAGCAGCAGGGGGAGGGACGAAACACACAGAGCAGAAGAGGAACAUGUGGAGGCGACCUGCUGGACAGAGUUUGGAGUUUGUUCCACAAGUGAGCAAAUAUUUUGUUAAAAAAGAGCACAAAAUUACCGUGAAUCGACUAUUUGAGGCGGACUGGUCUGUAGAAGCCCAUAACGUAAUAAUGACCACGAUCCAUAACGUAAUAAAUUUGUUCUUUUUAAAAUGUAAUAGGCCCGUAACGUAAUAACUGACCAAUAACAUAAUAAAAGUCCUGAACCUAUAAUGUAAUAACUUUUGACCUAUAAUGCAAUAACUUAUUACGUUAUUGGCUUAUUAUUACAUUAUGGGCCUGAUGCAAAAAAAAAAAAAAACAAAAACCCUUUGAAAAUGUAAUAACUGAGCCGAUAAUGUAAUAACCAGCCAAGAGUGUAAUAUAUUUGCCCUUUUCGACAAAAUCAAGGACAUCUUUUGGAAGAAGUAAGGACCACUAUUAGUUGGUGUGUGUUUCUGUCAUUCAAGUUUUUAUUAACGUUUUCAAUUUUUCAAUAAACAAACCCAAGAAAAAAAAUUAAAAGAAAAGAAAAAAAAAAGAAAAAAAUAUUAAAUGUCACAGUCAAGACAAUUUAAUUACAGCAGAGUCUUGUUUUAUAAGGAAAUUACAUGAAAGAAGUCCAUAUUUUGUUGGCUUUGUCCUGGAUGUUACGCACUGUAGAAAUGAAUGUCUCAUCGGAAGCAGUCUCAGUCAUCAGUUUUAUCCAGUCCUCAGUUUUUGGUCUAUGAGGGCUCUUCCACAGCCGAAGAAUUAAUCUGAGUACCACUACAAAUGAAGCCACCACAAAACCAAACAUUUCCUUCAUAAAUGCAGGUGGCAUGAUAGUCGUAUCUCCCAGCAAGCUGCUGGGAUUGGUAAGCCAGUCCAUUUUUCCAAGUUUUUGAUAACCUCUAACCAAAAUGGAAAAACCAUAGGACAUUCCCAAAAAGAGUGAAGUUAUGUUCCAGAAUCUGUUCCACAUUUCCAACAUGUAUCGCUCUGGACCAGUCCCAUUUUAAAUAGCUUUGACGGUGUAAAAUAAUAGUGAUGAAUAGUUUUAUAAUGAAUAGAUUUGCUAACAUCUCUAGUUGCCCAGCCAAAAUUUGAAAUUAUGUUGCUCCACACCUCUUCAGAAAUUUCAAUAUGGAAAUCUUUUUACCAAGUAAUUCUUAGAUCAUCACAUAUUGUGCCUUUAUUACUCAACACAUUUUUAUAAAACAUUGAUGCCCACUGCAAAUUACCUGGCUUAUUCAACCACUACUGCAAUAUAUUGUCUGUCUGUAACCGAUUUAAACUAAAAGCCGAGCCCACACUACUUCUCACCUGCAAGUACUUCCAAAAGUCUCCCUUGUCAGCUAAAUUAAAUGUUUCUUUUAACAGACUAAAUGACUUAAAGUUAUUAUCUCUAUACAGAUGACCGAUUUUAUGCACCUCUGGUUCAAGCCAUUUACGCCACAAAAAAGGAGACAAUGCGCACUAAAGCAUUAUUCCAGACAGAAGAGUAAAUUUGUUUACAUGGAGAGAUUUCUAACAUUUUAUGGGCUUUUGUCCAACCCCAUUGCACUCUAAACUCUAACAAGUUGGCAUUACUUAAAAAAAUUGUGGAAACCGAUUGCCUCAAAAAAAUUAAGUAAAUAUAACUAAUAGUCUUAGAUUACAUUUACUUUAUAUUCACUUGUUCUGUGUACUCAGAACCUUGUUGUAUGUACUUAAUUCUAUUAAAUUAUUGUAACUUGAAUUAAGAAAGUUAUCUUAACUUAUAAAUAUCAAGUAAAAUCAACUCAGCUACACCAAGUUAUUCUGACUUACAUGAACAGUACUAUUUACUUAGUAGAAUCUAGGAAACCGAUUGCCUUAAAUAAAUCAAGUAAGCCCAACAAAGGAUAGUUAGUACACAAGGAACGAUACUUUAUUUUUUUUACCAAAGCAAAUAAAAGCCAUUGUAUAUUAUGGUAAAAACACUGUUUUACAGGAUUCAACAAUUACAGCAUGUCAAAACAAAUACCCAGGAACCUGAGUGAAGUCUUCCAUGGCAUCACAGUCCUGUGGCCAAUCAGAAAAGUAAGAACAAAUUUACACAGAAAUCCUGGCUUCCAAUUGCACAUAUAGUAUAAGCAUAAACUUUUACAAUACUUACGAAACAGACAGCGUAGAAGUCACUUCCAUCAUCCUUGAGGAAAAUUGGGAGGCAUCGGAACACGGCUGUCCUCAUGGCAAUGGCAUCAGUGAUCUGCCAAUAGGUAACAAAGUUUUAAAAAAGCAGAAUGUUUCUUUGACUGUGCGUGAGUGUCUCUGUAGAUUAAUGGGUUACGAAAUUAAAAAGAGGGCCUACAUUAGUGUGUGUGUAUAACAGAAAAUAAAAUCAAAAUAGCAAUAAAUAAUAUACACAGAGCAGCAAAAAAUACAAGGGGCAUAGGAAUACAAAAAGUACAAAUGUACAGAUGUACAGUAGAGAGCCCAGUGUGAGUGAGACAGUCAGCAAGUGAGUGAGUGACUGAAUGAGUGAGUGAGUUAAAAUGAGGGCCUAUGGUGGUGUGUGUGAGCAUGUGUUCAACUAAUCAAAAAAAAAAAAAAAAAAAAAA